AUAUAUAUUUAAAAAAUAGUUAUGAAAUUUUGCAAAAAAUAUAUAUAAAAAAUAUGGAGCGAAAGAGGUGGGAUGGAAUGGAAGAGAGUAAAAGUAGGAGCUACUAGCAGUUGAACACCAUAUUGAGUGAAGCGCAGCCCUCACAAAAAUGAAAUCCUGAUCAACCUCCAUUCUCUCCCACUCUAAAUCUCAGCCGUUGAUUCUCCGAUCCAAGACCUUGAAACCUAACUUUACUAUCCAUCCAUUCGAUUCAUUCACAUUAACAAUCACCGUCAUGUCCUCCAAAAUCAACGGUCAGAUUUCACCACAACCAUGUCCCCACUUGGCCGAGUUCCGCCGCACUUCCACCAAACCAUUCCUCUCUCUCCAUAACUGCCUCCGUAUCAAACCUCCCGGCGGCCGCGCCUCCCUCCGCCGUGAUCCUCACGAAAUUCCGCACUGCAACGCCUGUGGUCUCUCCGCUCCUUCCCGUCUCUAUGCCUGCAUCUCAUGCGCCGCUGUAUCAUGUCACUCUUCCACCGUCGGUGUCAUUUCCCACGCCGCCGCACAUGCCGCAUCAAUGUCUCCUGGUCAUCAGAUCGCAAUCGACGUCGAUCGCGCCGAGCUUUUCUGCUGCGUUUGCCGUGAUCAGGUUUACGAUCGUGAUUUCGACGCCGCAGUUGUGAUCGCACAGACCGUUGCGUCCACAAUCGGCGACGUUGAAAAAUCAACGGUGAUCCCUAUGCCAUCUACUACGCAUCCGGAGAAUCUCAGAAAGCGCCGCAGAGUAGAUUAUCGUCCUUCGACUCCGGAUCUACGUGAACGUGCUCUGAUCGGAAGCUGUUCUUCUCCGAUCAAUGUUCCUGAUUUCCCCCGGGGAUUGCGGGGAUUGAACAAUCUCGGAAACACUUGUUUCAUGAAUUCGGUGUUGCAGGCUUUGUUUCACACGCCACCGUUGAGGAAUUACUUCCUGAGUGAUAAGCAUAAUCGGUACUUUUGCCAGAAAAUGAGCAAUGCCGAUGAUGCCGCAAAUGGUGAUGAUUCUGCCAUAACAACAGCGAAAAGAAACGGAGAUAACAAUGGAAUAAAAAAUGGAAGAUUAUGCUUAGCUUGUGAUAUGGAUGCUAUGUUCUCUGCUGUUUUUUCUGGAGAUCGUCUUCCCUAUAGCCCAGCAAAGUUCUUGUACAGUUGGUGGCAGCAUGCAGCCAAGUCCAACCUUGCAAGCUAUGAACAACAGGAUGCACAUGAAUUUUUCAUUUCAAUGCUUGAUGGGAUCCAUGAAAAGGUGGACAAGGAUCGACAUAAGCCACACAAUGAAGGCAGCGAUUGUUGUAUUGCUCAUAGGGUUUUCUCUGGUAUUUUGCGGUCAGAUGUUAUGUGUAUGGCCUGUGGUUUCACAUCAACAACUUAUGACCCAUGCGUAGACAUCUCACUUGACUUGGAACCAAAUCAAGGGGGUUCUACUAAGAUGGCUGCUGCAGCUUCCAAUCCUUCUUGCACUGGUGAGGCCGAUUCCAGCCAAAACUUUGGGAUAUCUACCUUGAUGGGGUGCUUGGAUAGAUUUACAAGAGCAGAGAAAUUGGGGUCAAACCAAAAGUUUUUCUGUCAGCAGUGUAAGGUGAAGCAGGAAACUCUCAAGCAGAUGUCCAUACGGAAGCUUCCCCUUGUUUCUUGCUUCCAUAUAAAAAGAUUCGAGCACUCUUCAAGAAAAAAAAUGUCAAGGAAGGUGGACCGUUAUUUGCAGUUCCCAUUUUCACUGGACAUGUCACCUUAUCUCUCAUCCUCAAUCUUAAGGAGUCGGUUUGGUAACAGAAUAUUUCCUUUUGAUGGGGAUGAGCCUGAUGCUUCAAAUGAUCUAUGUUCUGAGUUUGAAUUGUUUGCCGUCGUCACUCAUUCUGGUAAGUUAGAUGCUGGUCAUUAUGUGACUUAUCUGCGAUUAAGCAAUCAAUGGUACAAGUGUGAUGAUUCUUGGGUUACUCAAGUUGAUGAAAACAUUGUGAGGGCUGCUCAGGGUUACAUGAUGUUCUAUGUACAGAAGAUGCUUUACUAUAAAGCAACUGAUAAAUCGGUCGCCUCAUGAUUGGCACAGGUGAUGGUCCAAAUCAUUAGCAUUUAAUGUCAUGGUCAAUAUCAAUUUUCACCCUAAUGAUAUGCCAUGACUUUUCCAUUCAUACACAAGAAAAUGAAAAAACAAGGAAAAUAUAAUUUAUUUGCAUCACAAUUUGCAAUUGUGUAUCAUUUUUUGGGAAAGAUGAGAGUUAAUACUUUCAUGUUGGAGCUAGAAAGGAGCCAGUAUUUUUUUGUAGGCACUCCAACUUUCUGGAAACUUGAGGGUAUGGAUUCCUUAUAAUUUGUGGUUUUUACCCCCUCGAAUCUUGAUAUUAGUUGUGUUCCCCUCUUCCCCCCUUUGAUGCUUUGAAAAUCAAGGCUUUGCAUAUAUGUUUCAAUUUUUGAGAAAUUUACCUACUUUAUUUGUAUUUUGUAUUUAGACUCGUCA